AUGGCGGCCUUGACCUCCUCGACUGCGCUCGCCCCGCUUGUCUGCAUUAUCGACUUUCAUCACGCGAGGGGUCCUGAAGUUGAAGCUUGGAUCAGUCUCGAGGAUGGCGAGGAUCCGGCGAUCGAGCAUGACUGGCCGCUACUGCCUUUCAUGGCCUUGAGUGACGGUGCGCACGCCUCUAUAGAAGACUACUCGUACUUCACACUUCGCCGCUCGGCUACGCCCACCCAUGGCGCGACCAGUCUAUUUGGCAUAUCAUGCACACGGCAACUGCCAGCGAGCGAAUUAAUCGACCGACCCGCCGAUGUUACAAGGAGCACGGUACAAAAAGCGGUAGUAGUCAUUACGGACAGCCCACAGCACUUUGGUGCGAUUAAAGCACAAUUGGGGGUUGUCACGGCGGCUUGGUUUGCGCAGAGAGACUUCACAGACGUCGAGAUACUGCAGAGAUUCCAUGAGAGUCUGCCAAGGUUGCUGGAAAAUCAAGAGGGUCAGGCCGAACAUUACUUUGGCAUCUCUCUACGCGAGCUUAUUCACGAGUUUAAAUGGCAGACUCUUGUUCUCUUCAAAUGCGCUUUACUCCAACGCAAGGUUCUUUUCUUCGGCUCUCAUUGCGAACGGUUAUGCAUGAUGCAAUUUGCUCUCAUUUCUUUGAUACCCGGCCUUAUGCGCCACCUCCAGGACUCUGCGGACCCCAAGUUCAACUCGGCUGAAGAGAAGAUUGUUAUGCCUACGAGCCUCAAGACAUCUGAGCGUUCGUCAUUACUUGCAUAUAUGGGCCUUCCUCUGCAAUUAUUCGGAAAAGGCUCGCUUUUCGGCCCCUACACACCACUCCAGCAGCUUGAUAUGCUUGCUGACGCAGACACGAAAUCAUACAUCGUUGGAUCGACAAAUUCGCUUCUACUGCAGCAGAAAGAUCGCUACAGCGACAUACUCAUCAACCUCGAUGACCACACUGUGAAUACCACUUCGUCCUCGCUGCGUCAGGCAUCGAUACUCUCGACACCAGAUCGGCGAUGGAUAGACUUCCUGACCCAGACCGUGAACGACUCAUGGGACGAGUCAAAUCCAGCCCGGCCGAAGGAUCACGGCUACGCUGGUAGUGAGGAAUUCAUCCGCAUGCAGUUCGAGGAAUACCUGCUUGCCAUGCUGAGCUCAGUCAAGUACAAGCUCUACAUGGAGAAGCAUCCAAGCCACGAGCCGCUCAUGCCCGAGGUUCACGGUGAUCCAGCAAGCGAGUUCUCGAACGAUUGGGUACAUGCAUGGAUGCACACGGAGAACUUCCGGAUAUGGAAUAAGUUCACCGACUCGCACCUUUUCGACAUCAUUGACCCCAAACAUCCCUGCUCUGGAGGUCUUUCGGUCGAGGAUAUUCAAAGAAGACUAGCAGCGCAAGUAGCGGAGCUACAUCUUGAUGAACGGCUCGAGAAGUCAAGAGAGGUCAUUGGAGAACGGGUCGCUGCCGGUCAAGCAAAGGUCUCAACAGCAUACAACAAAUUGUGGGCAGACAUAGAAGCCAUGCGCAAAGCCCAGAGAGAUCGACAAGAAGAACAAAGAGCUGCAGCCGAAAAGCUGCGGCUCGAACAAGAGGCUGAGAGCAAGGUACCAGACCCAACGAACAAGUCACAGGCACCUGACAUGACCAACGCGCGCGCCAAUGCAGGCGCCUAUUUCUCCUCGUGGGGCUCAUGGGCCAGCGAGAAGCGCAAGGGUUGGGGCAAUCGCAGUACGUCCGCAAAUCAAACACCGGCCACUUUACCCCAGUCAAACGUAGACCCGUCACCUGGUGAUCUGAAGAGAGCAGAAGGAUUUAAGAGGGACAAAGACCCGAGUUUGGAUGGGUGGACAUUGCACGCCCCAAGUGUUAGCUCUGGGCACAGGAGAAUAGCGAGUUACGACGAGACGACCGAUGGAGAGAAGCGGAACAGCGGAGUUGUAUUCUUCGACGCUGAAGUCGCGGAGACGGAAAGGAAUGUGUGGAGAGCGGCUUGA